UGUUGUGACGUUGGUCAAGCAGCUGAAGGCUGAAGGGGCUGAAGGAAGUUGUAGGGAUUGUAGGCUGAAGCCGCUCCCAAGUAGCUCUCACUGGGCACCAAUUACGACCAAGUUGGAUUUGUAAGUUGUGGGCGAUCUGGAAUUUUACGCUUACUUGCCAUAUCGAGCGUUCAGAUAUUGGAAGCAGACCCGCUAUCUUUCGAUACUGUUCACUAAUGACGACGACGGAAGACAGCAAUUUCGAAGAGGGGUCGUUCGUCGUAGACGACGUCAGCAACAUAAUCAAGGAAGCGAUGGAGACUAUGAUAGGAGGCAAUGUAUACCAGCACAGUAAGGUACCUCAGUGGACGAACACAAUAGUGGAGCACAUUCUUAGCCAGCUAACGAAAAUGAACAAAGCAUUCAAAUACAUUGUAACGUGCGUCAUCAUGGAAAAAAAUGGAGCUGGACUUCACACAGCAACAUCCUGCUUUUGGGACAACACCACGGAUGGAAGUUGCACGGUGCGAUGGGAAAACAAGACCAUGUAUUGCAUCGUAUCUGUAUUUGGGCUAGCUAUAUAAAAUAUGAUGCAAACUUGUAGAA